AGGGCUUGAGUCGGAUAAUUGCCGUUUAAUCUGCGAAGCAAUUGGACUCACAAAGCCAUUUCUCUAUCGGCAAACCAUUGAUAAGGAGAAGCACCGCUCGCACUCGCCAUCGGGGGCCUUCCAUAAUCCAAAUUCGAAUCCAUUGCUUGCGACCACCGAAGUUCCGCGCCACAGAGAAUUGCGUGCGAGUGGACUACGUGCGUUAGUAGCAAGCGGGAGGUGGAAGAAUUAGUUUGAUUCAUGGAAGCGUAGCACAUUUCAUUCACUUUAAACGACUCCCGAAUUAUCAGCAAAUAGUAUCUGCCAGUUGAAUUCCAAAGCUCGAGCGGCUACGCGUGGAGUAGUUUCUUACGUCGCCUUCGUGACACGGUCACUAUCAGCGAAAGUCCGUGGGACAGUCCACUUGCAGUGCCUCCUCGCCGUUGAGCGUCUGUGUCGGAAGUGCGAAAUCUGGUGCGAAUCCGUGGCUGGAGCUAACGAUGUUCGGCUUGCGGAAGUUGGCGUUCGACGCCCGGUCUUUGCAGAACCACUUGACAGUGGCUCGCGCCGGAAGCUUUCUCCUCGCCAGAGACACCCUACCUGCCGGAGUCGAUGUGCGCCACUCUCACAGUGGGAACGAUGGCAACGGAACGAGGAGCUUUAAGAAUUUCACAUAUGGCUUGCUAGCGAUUGCGGGCGUCUCUAGUGGCUUCGUGCUGUUCAAAUACUUAGAUGAUAAAAGGUCACAAAUUAUAGAUACUCCUAAAAAUGAUGACGUCGCAAAUGAAGUUCAACAUUCGGGCGAUAAAAGUGAUUCUGAAACGAAAAAUGAUCUUUCGCAUCCAAAAGUUCGAAGUGACUUGCCUACGUACAGAAUGACGGACGUCCAACAACACAACAGCCCAGAAAAAGGAGUUUGGAUCACUUACGGGAUAGGUGUCUACGACAUAACCAAAUUUGUACCUCAGCAUCCAGGUGGUGAUAAGAUUUUGCUUGGAGCGGGAUCUUCAGUCGACCCAUUCUGGCGUACCUAUCAGCAGCACAAUACUAAACAGGUUUUGGAACUUCUUGAAACGUUUCGGAUAGGAAAUUUGAAUCCUGAAGAUGAAGUCGGAACAAAAGAUUUGGACUCACCUUGGGCCAAUGAACCGAAGCGACAUCCAGUGUUAAAGCCGGCAGCAGAGACGCCUUUUAAUGCAGAACCACCGCUUGAUAUUUUAGUUCAAAAGUUCAUCACUCCAGUCGAAUUUUUCUACGUCCGAAAUCAUUUACCUGUACCUGUAAUAGAUGAGAAAUCUUAUGAGUUGGAAAUUGAAGUAGAAGGUAGUGAAAAAACCCUAACGCUCAGUUUAGAUGAAUUGAAAAAAAUGCCCAAAUAUUCCGUAACUGCGGCCAUACAGUGUGGAGGAAAUAGACGAUCCGACAUGCAUGCGGUUAAACCAGUGAAGGGUCUAUCAUGGGGUGCUGCAGCCAUUGGCAAUGCGACAUGGUCAGGAGUGCGAUUACGCGAUGUGUUGAAAUCAAUGGGCGUUGAAAACGAUGAAAAUAAACAUGUUAUCUUGGAAGGUCACGAUCUUGAUCCUACAGCAGCACCAUAUGCAGCUUCCAUCCCACUCUACAAAGCCAUGGAUGAACGUGGGGAUGUUCUUCUAGCAUAUGAAAUGAAUGGCAAACCUUUGACUCGUGAUCACGGCUACCCCGUUCGAGCAAUUGUACCUGGAGUUGUAGGUUCUCGCAAUGUGAAAUGGCUUGCUCGCGUCGUUGUGUCCGACAAAGAAUCCGAUUCGCAUUGGCAACAAAAAGACUACAAAGGAUUCAGCCCGAGUACAGAUUGGGACACCGUAGAUUUCUCUAAAUCGCCUGCAAUUCAAAAUCUACCAGUUACUUCAGCCAUUUGCCAGCCGCAGCCUGGAGAGAAAGUUAAAGUUGUCGAUGGUUUCAUUACGGCUCGCGGGUAUGCUUGGUCUGGAGGCGGAAACAAAAUUGUACGUGUGGACAUCACAGCGGACGGAGGGAAGUCCUGGCACGUAGCUGAGUUGGAGCAAAGUGAUGCGCAUCCAGGAAGACAUUACAGUUGGACUUUGUGGACUAUUAAAAUUCCAGUUGAAGAAGGGAAGCAGGAAGUGGAAAUUUGGGCUAAGGCUGUGGAUUCGAACUAUAAUUGUCAGCCGGAAACAUUUGAAAAUACGUGGAAUUUGAGGGGAGUGCUUAGUAAUGCAUAUCAUCGUGUCAAAGUUAGUUUAGUUAGGUAGUAGCAAAUGGGGUUCUUUGGGUUGCUAUUUUUAUAUUGAAUGUAUGAAAUGACAUUAUUAUAUUUUUCAUUUUGAGCGCACGAUUUGACUACUAAGUCUUGACAAUGACAAAUCGAACAAAUAAAAUGUAAAGA